UCAAUUUGGGAUUUCCAGAUCAGAACAGCUGCUCCUUCCGAGCUUCUCAAUUCCCGGAAUAACGAAAGCUGUGGCAUUGUUGGGAAGAAUAUGUCCCAUUACGCUGGUUAUGUGGAGGAUGAAUACGAAAUGGAAGAUGUAGAUGAUGAUAUGGAUGAUGAGUUUCACGGUAGAGAAAUGGGCGCCUCAGAUUCUGAUGUUGAUGAAUAUGACUACUCGAAUAGUAAAGUAGCUGAUACAACUGCUGCUCAAGCAAGAAAAGGAAAAGACAUCCAAGGUAUUCCUUGGGAUAGACUUAGCAUUACUAGAGAGAAAUACCGACAGACUAGGUUAGAACAAUACAAGAAUUAUGAGAAUAUCCCUAAUUCCGGAGAAGGAUCAGGGAAGGAUUGCAAAGAUACAAAGAAAGGAUCUGUAUAUUAUCAGUUCAGACGAAAUGCUAGAUCAGUGAAAUCAACCAUUCUUCAUUUUCAGUUGCGUAACUUGGUCUGGGCUACUUCCAAGCAUGAUGUCUACCUGAUGUCACAUUUUUCUGUCAUUCAUUGGUCUUCAUUAAGUUGCACAAAGUCUGAGGUUCUCAAUGUUUCUGGACAUGUGGCACCAUCUGAGAAACAUCCUGGAAGUCUCUUGGAGGGAUUUACGCAGACUCAAGUUAGUACUCUUUCUGUAAAAGAUAAGUUGCUAGUUGCUGGAGGAUUCCAGGGUGAACUUAUUUGCAAGCAUCUUGAUCGGCCUGGAGUCAGCUUUUGUUCAAGGACAACUUAUGACGAUAAUGCCAUAACAAAUGCUGUUGAGAUUUAUGACAGUCCCAGCGGGGCAGUUCACUUUACAGCCUCUAACAAUGACUCUGGAGUCAGAGAUUUUGACAUGGAGAAAUUUCAGCUUACUAAGCAUUUCCAUUACCCUUGGCCUGUGAAUGUAAGUCUCCUGCAGCUUUUCUGGAAAUGAUUGGAUGUUUAAUCUCAUUGCAUUUGCUGGCAUUUGUUUCAUGUAGAGCUGGUUUUUUAGACCUGCAAGUGAUAUAUGAUAGUGUUUGGGCAGCCACUUUAAAACUACAAAUUUGCCAACUACCUCAUUUCAUCCAAUGCUGAUUUUUCAUUGGGUCAUUUUUACUUGUGCUCACUUAAUGCUUCCUUUAGUCAGUUUUACUUAACUUUGAUGCACCUCUAUGCGUUGUUGGUAGCAAUACUUCUCUAGUGCCGUGAUGGUAACU